UUUAAGAUAUCGGUAUGUAUUUGGAGGUUAUAACUGUUAUAAUGUUGUGUUAUGAGUAGACUUUGGUCAGAUCAAAACAUCACAAUUAUGAUAGACGCUUUCUGUUCUAGAUAACAUAGGUCUUUUCAGAAUUACAUACACAUCGUUGUUUCAGAAUUAUGUUUUGAUUUUAUUUAUAUUUAUUAUAUUAACUCAGGCAGUUCAAAUAAUGAGUGAUGAAAGAAACUUCAGAUCUUUUUACUAUGAAAGGGUUGGUUGUAGAAGUGUUGAAGAAAAGAAGUCUUUGGAAAUUUUAUUCAGAGACAAAGCAUGGGAUAAGAUCAAAAUAAAACAGUUUUGCUCAAGAUUUUCUGUCCCAUUGGUUUAUAGAUGUAGUGUGUGGAAAUUUAUUCUAGGCGUUAUACCAUCUCAAAAGAAAUGUCAUGAAUUCAUCAUGGAAGAAAGGAAAAGUCAAUACCUUGAUCUCCUGGAAUGUUUGAAAGCUAUGAAAUAUGUUACACAUGACUCUCCUAAAGAACAAAAGUUUUUGGAAAUGUGGCUUUUAGAAAAAUAUAAUUUGGCAUUUGACAGAAAUGAACAGCUAAAGUUGGAGUUUCAUCAAAAUCUACUUGCAAUAACACGCACUUUGGUUGGAACAUUUGAAGAUGAUGUUGAUGUUUACUGGAUAGCUAAAGGAUUGUUUGAAUAUGUUAAAACCUGGUGUUCUUCUAUUCCACAACUGAUAGAGACUACUAAAACUGUACUGAAGAAGGAAGAUUCACUUCUGUAUAAUCAUCUAGAAGAAUGUAAGCUGAUGAAUGUGAUACCAUUCAAUACAUGGUUUGGAAGAUGCUUUUCAGGAGUAUUGCAUGAUGCUGCAUUAGUCAAAGUAUGGGACAAGAUGAUUGGAGGUUCAUAUCGUGUACUCAUCUUUACCUGUACUGUACUACUGAUCACUAUGCGCCGUGUGUUACUUACAUGUGUCAACUACACACAGUUCAUCACAUGUGUACAAUCUGUUAAUAAUGAGACAUCGGAGGUUAUAGUAAGCAAAUCACUGGAGCUGUGGUCCAUCCAUGGUCGCUCUGUCAUGUCUUCUCCUAUCAAAGAGUACAAACCAGCCCCCACUACUAAUUACAGAAGGAAGUCCUUCUCACGUCAUUGAUUUAUUCUUUUUUGUCUUGUGACAUUUAUCCUAAGUUUGGCUUCUCAAAGCACUGAUUAUUUGUUCUUGUUCACCAUUAGUUUUUAUAAAGUAAACAAUUUUAUGCAAGGCAUCGAUAUUGUUACGUUGUAGGAAGUAAGCUAAGCUCACAUGUUUAUAAAAGGUAUGAUUUUUUUACUCCAGUUGUUACACAGAGAAUUAGAAAUAAUACUGUACUGUUUUUGACGCUUCUGUGUUCUCAACUCCACUACAGUAUGGGUAAAGGAGUCACAAUUACAGACAAACUGGGCUGGAUUACAAAGUCUGCAAGCUGGUUUAUUGAAGGUAGAUAGACUGUGUUUAAUUGAUUAUAUUUUAAUAUUAAAAGUUGGAGUUUUUGAUACUACCCCAUAUAGAGUGCUGUGAAAUAUGACGUAAGGUCUCCAUUCCUUAAAAACCUCACAAUAUGCCUUAAGUAAUGUUGAUAUGUUACCAAUAUUUUCAACUCAAAAUCAAAAUUAUGUUACUGCUUCAGUCAGAGCUUCUAGUUGGCAUUUAAAGACUUAGACUUAAUAUUGUUAUAGCAUUUAGUAUAUAGAAAUAAAGAAAGCACAAGAAACAAUUUUUUAUCCAAUUUUGUUUAUUUUACUUGUAUGAAUACUAGAACAGUUCAUGUAUUUUUAAAAUAAUCUUCAAUAUUUUAUUUUUACUUUUUAA